GCUACGGUCGGACACACUGUCAUAUUCAGCCUGUGUUAGGGGACUGUUUGAUUCAGCUCUGCUCUCUCUCCAUCAUGAAGCUGUAUGUGAUUGUUCCACUGUUUGCUCUGUUCACCUCCACCCAACAGGCAUCUUCACCAAAUAAUAAGUGUGCAUGUGAGUUGACUAAUUCAGAGAAAGCAUUUCCUCAUGGCAAACUCAGCACAGCGGAGGACAAUGCAUCAAAAUGCAACAGCAACAUCACUCCACAGAUGACUCUGGAGAUGGAGAGUCUGCUGCUGGGUUUGGAGCGACGUCUGCCCCAGCUGCAGGAAGAUGUGGCGAUGCUAGAGAGGGAGGAUGAUGGCGAGCUCUAUGGAGUCCUCAGCCUGCAAGUGAUCGAGAAUGAACUGAUGGAGAUCAAGCAGCUCAUUGCCAGGCUCAACAGGACUACCCUGGCACACCGGCAUCUAACUAAAGAUGCUGCUAAACAGCUGGAGGACCUGGAAGCGGAGAUGCAGGAGCUGGAGACGUACGACACCAUGGGGGUGGUGAAGACACAAAUACUCAACCAGCGUCUGAAGAGAGAGCUGGACCAAUGCACGAUGAGACACAUCACCACCCGACCCACUCAGCCUCCACAUGGUAACUGCCCCCAUGGUCAAUUUGUGAACAUUACGGGGCCAAGGGUGUACACAGCAGGAGAGUACCCUGGCUCCUACAAGUAUGGAGCUUGGGGUCGGGAUCCCAAACCAGAGGUGGGGAAGGAGAGAUGGUAUUGGCUGGUAAUGUUGACCUCUGGCAACAAAUUCUCCAACUACGUCCGUCUCUACUCCAGCCUGAGCUCUCUCGUAGUUGGGGUGAGCCAGCCAGGUAAUGUCCAGAUCCACUCCUCUAACCCAACCACCAACACCAUCCAAGGUCCAAAUGUUGUGAUGUAUGGAGGGGCAUUGUACUACAACUGUUACAACCAAGAUGCUGUUUGUCGAUUCAACCUCACCACCAAAACUGUUACCAGCUUACAACUACCCAAAGGCACCAGGUUUAACUCAAAGGGUAACUUUUGCCACCUUGAUGAAUGCUACCCGUUCACUGACUUGGACCUGGCGACAGAUGAAUCAGGUGUCUGGGUAAUCUAUACCACCACCCAGGACUUUGGCAACCUGGUGCUGUCCAAGGUGGAGGGGAGUGGACCGCUGAUGCUUGGCCAAACCUGGCACACCUCAGUAUACAAGCAGGGGGUGACCAACACCUUCAUGGCGUGCGGCAUGCUCUUUGCAACACGGUACAUUGACAAAGAUACGGAGGAGAUUUUCUAUUCAUUUGACACCACAACAGGGUUAGAGAGGUUUGAUGUUGGUGUCUUCAUCAACAAGAUGUCUUCAAACAUAUAUGCCCUGAACUACAGCCCUGUGGACCAGAUGCUACAUGCCUACUGUGACUCCCUCAUGGUCUCCUAUAAGGUUUUGUUCAGAUGAACGGUUAAUGCUGGUGUCGUUUCCAUAAAACCCUGUAUCCACAUAAUGGCUGCAGUAAUAGUGAUCAGCAUGAAAUAAUAAGGGUGAUUCCUUAAUAAAGGCCAACAAAUAGCAGUGAGGGGGUGUGAUAUUACCUGUACUAUAUAUGGUAUGCAUGGUACAUCUACAUGGUAAAUUUGGCAUCAUGUACAUUUGCAUUGCAAGAUGUUCAUAGUUGAUAAAUGUAUGUACCUUGAGUGUGGAAACAUUUGAAUUGCAUUGAUCUAGCUGCAUCAGGUGAAGAAGAAAUAUUUACAAUAUUACGUUAAAACAUAAUUAAAAGCAAACACUUUGAAAUAAUGUGUGUAGCAGUGGAUGUGGUUCAUGUCUCAAUACAAUCUGUUGACCAAGGAUGGUAUAUGUCUUUAAAAACCUCUUAGAAACCCGACAUCCCAUCCAGUUUUAUUUGAUGAUUGUGAUGUGUAAACAACUGCUGUAUUUUCUGUGUUUAAGUUGCUGGAAAAGUCAUUGGAAAGCUAUGCUCCUUACAAUGGAUGCAGACCAUUUCAAGAUACAUCCACUACAGCAGCUUAAAUUAACGCUUCUGUCAGGCAUAAAACAAAUAAACAGUUAUAACUCG